UAGCUUCAUUCUUUGGUAUUGAGUAUAGUUAUUGUUAUUAAAAUUAAAAAAGAAUUCUCCGCCAUGGCUAUGACCGGGAAAUUCGUUCUCUCUGCCAGCGACAACUAUGAAGCUUUUUUGAAGGCUGGAGGCGCGUGUGAUGAAGCGAUCAAGAAGGCGAGCGCCGCUAAGCCCACCCUGGACAUCGUUGAGUCUGCCACCGGCGUGACCAUCACGACCAGCGCUGGCGACCAGUCUGCUACCAACGUCAUCACCUACGGCCAGGACUCGCCCGCCGAACUUGCCGGCAGGAAGUUCACGGUUAACGUUUCGAAGACUUCGUCCGGAUACUCUGGAACCCUUACGCUGGAAGGCAAAACUGGUCAGAUCUCAGCUGACAUCGACGGUUCAACCUUGACCAGGACCAUGACUUACGAUGGCGUCACCACGAAGCGCACCUUCACCAAGCAGUGAGGCAGCCGUCCUGCCGACAUCAUGGAUAGUCGACCGAGUCAAUAAUAUAGCAUGGAUACCUUGAUUAUAAUGCAGCAUUGAUAAAAUUUCCAUGAUUAAUAUUUGACAAUUAAAAUACAGCAAGAAAAGCUCAA